AUGGCCACCAUCUCCAAGGAGCACGACCUCGCCGACGAGAAGGCGUCGACCGAGAUCUACGAGCGCGCUCCUGUCGUCGUCACCGCAGAGGAUGACAAGCGCAUCAGGCGCGCGACCGACAAGCGCAUCCUCGUCCUCCUCAUCAUCGUCUACUGGCUGCAGGUGCUCGACAAGGUCUGCAUCGGGUUCACGGCCAGCGUCGGCCUCAAGACGGACGCCAACCUCGUCGGCGACCAGUAUGCGACGCUAUCUUCAAUCUCGGCGUAUGCCCAGCUCGGCUUCCAGCCGAUCGGCGCCUACCUCCUCGUCAAGGUUCCUCUCAAGACACUCGUGCCGGUCCUCGUCGGCCUCUGGGGCGCGAGCCUUAUGGGCAUGGGCGGCUCAAACAGCUUCGCCUCCUUGAUUUCGACCCGAAUGUUGCUCGGGGUGUUCGAGGCUUCAUGCCUGCCUGCGUUUUCGCUCAUCACGACGUCGUGGUACCGCCGCGUCGAGCAGCCGAUGCGAGUCGCGACCUGGUACGCAGGAAAUGGGUUGGCGACCAUCUCUGGCGCCACGAUCGUCUGGGCCCUCUCGCACGUCGACGCCAAGCUCCACACGCACCAACUCGCCUUCCUCACGUUCGGCGGCAUGACGGUGCUCGCCGCUCCGUUCGUCUACCGGUACCUCGAUAACGGCCCGGCGUCCGCAAGCUUCCUGAGCGCCGAGGAUCGGCUCAAGGCCGUCGAGCGCCUGCGGGCCAACCAGACGGCGGGCAACUCGACCAAGUUCAGCUGGCCCCAGAUCUACGAGCUCGUCCUCGACCCCAAGACCUACCUCUUCGCCAGCCUCACCUUCCUCACCAACCUCACGCCGUACACGCUCGCCUCGUUCGGCCCGAUCCUCCUCAACGGCAUCGCCGGCCUCGACAAGCGCACGACGCUCCUGCUCAACCUCCCUCUCGGCGUCGUCCAGAUCAUGACCAUCUUCCUCGCGUCGUGGCUCGCGUACCGGUUCCGCACCAAGAGCACCUUCUACUGCUUGAUCUACCUCCCCGUCGUCAUUGGCUUUGCGCUCCUCUACGCCCUGCCCCGCACCCGCGACAACCUGGGUCCGCUCCUCCUCGGAUACUACCUCCUCGCCUUUUCCUACGCCGCCAACCCUCUCCUCAUCGGCUGGAUGGGCGCGAACGUCGCGGGGAAGACCAAGAAGGCCGGCCUGUUCUCGCUCUACAUGGCGGCAUCCGCUGGCGGCAACAUCCUCGCUCCCAACCUGUUCAAGGCCAACGACGCUCCGCUGUACCUCCAAGCCCUGCGCAACAACCUCAUCUUGACGGGCGUGACGGUCCUCAACAUCGGCGCGAUCGUCGUCGUCCUGUGGUUCCAGAACAAGCAGAAGGAGCGCCAGCGUGUCGCGCACGGCAUGCCCGCCAAGAUGGUCGACCUGUCGAUGCAGCGCAAGUACGACGAGACGCUCGCUCGGGCGCGCGACGAGAUCGAGGAGAUCCCUGCGCCCGACGCUCUGUCGAGCGGCGAGUCUGCCGAGGGCACCGCAGCCGUCGACAAGGAGGACGAGGACCUGACCGACAAGCAGAACAAGAGUUUCGUCUAUCUUUACUGAGUUCCCUCGCCGCCGAGUCUUCUUCCUUUCUCUCUCCCGAGUCGCUCUCCCUUGUGUAGUGCCCCCUUUCGCCUCUUGUCAUUAUCAGUCGUUCCAC